UCUAAGUAAGAUGUGAGUGAGACUGACCAUUGAAUUUGGCAAGGAGUCAAUUGUGGCAGUUUUCCGUCCGAGGUGGGGUGAUUGUUUUUAUCCUUAAGAGACGCAGACUACAAAGUUGGUAACUCGUAACCCGGCAUCUACCAAAUACUACAAAGAUACCUCGUGCACCCAACUAUCCACUGAGUGGAACCUUUCCCAUGGUUAGCCGACAGUGAUGUUCGCCAGAAAAAUGAGGAUCGGACCGGUGACCAGAAAUAUCACCAAACUGCUGGACAUGAAGUCCAUGCAGAAGUUGGAUGAGCUCUCUCACUUCAAUCCAUCGCCUUUGAGCCUUCGACAGUUUGUAGAGUUCGGCAAAAUCGCUUCGGAGGCUGACUCGUUUGACUUUUUGAGGCGGGAGGUGCCACUGCGAAUGGCUAAUGUCAUGAAAGAAAUCAACCUUCUACCCUCGGUCUUGCUCCAAAUGCCUUCCGUUUUGUUAAUUCAGGAAUGGUAUGCCAGAAGCUUUAUGGAGCUAUGUGCCUUCGAUGGGCUGCCCGGUGAACGCGAAACAUUGGGGAAAUUUGUCAAUAACUUGGCUGAAAUACAACGUCGUCACGUGAAUGUGGUCCAGACCUUGGCGCAAGGCGUAUUGGAACUUCGGGAAUCCCAUAGCAUCGACAGCCAUACAGAAAAUAGCAUCCAAUACUUCCUUGACCGCUUCUACAUGUCGCGCAUUAGUACCCGAAUGCUAACCAACCAACAUCUGGUGCUUUUCGGCAAAGAAGAUGAAAAAGCAGGGGCUCCACCGCCGGUCAUCCAGCCCAACCGGAUUGGAGUUAUUGAUACGGACUGCAAAAUCAAAGGCCUUGUUGAGCAAGCCUUUCAGAACGCAGCCUUUCUCUGCGAAGAGUACUAAUUUGCGGCUCCUGACAUGGACAUCACGUUGAAGAAUGCCAUGACCCCUGGCCAACCAAUCCAGAUUUGCUACCCUCCGCAGCAUCUCUAUCACAUCCUCUUUGAACUCUUUAAGAAUGCCAUGAGAGCCACUGUCGAGAGUCAUAAGAAAGGCCAGAUGGAGCUGCCUGACGUGGAGGUCCUUAUCGCUCAAGGAGAGAACGAUGUGUGCAUUAAGAUCAGCGAUCAGGGUGGUGGUAUCUCUAGAAGGGUUAGUGAUAAUCUCUUCACGUACCUUUACUCGACAGCACCUCGUCCUUCGAUGAAUGCCACCAAAGCUCCUCUAGCUGGUUAUGGAUAUGGUUUGCCUUUGUCCCGCUUGUAUGCCAGAUACUUUCAUGGAGACUUGAUUUUGAACUCCUUCGACGGUUAUGGAACAGAUGCCGUGGUUUAUUUGAAAUCCAACAUCGACGAAUCUACGGAGCUCCUGCCCGUGUUUAACAAAACCUCGUCGAAGCAAUACAAGACUUCCACUCCUACAGCAGAUUGGACCAAUCCGUCAUCGACCAUGAACCGAUUGUACCAUCCAUAUCAACACUAUCAAACCAAGGUUUCCUCGACUUAAUAUGAAUUUUCGAUUGUAGUCAGUCAAGGCGUGAGGCGAGCCGCUUACUUCGAAUGAACAUUCAAUGCUACAAGAGUAGAGCAUUGCGUCAUAUACCACUAACUACGGAAUGACAUCCAAUUAUACCUUUCCAAUGAUCAGUCAGUUAAAAAAGUCUAUUAAAUUAAGAAUAUACGCGAGAAAAAUCUCUUCCAAACAUG